GGGUGCAGUCCCAGGAGAAACCCCCAGAGGAGGUCACUGUCUCUGCCCACAAGCGGACCCCCAGCGACAGCCACUAUGAGAAGAGCUCGCCGGAGCCCAGCUCUCCCCGCAGCCCCACUGUCCUCUCACCCGAGGUGGUCAGCACCAUCGCGGCCAACCCUGGAGGGAGGCCCAAAGAGCCUCACCUCCACAGCUACAAGGAAGCCUUCGAAGAGAUGGAAGGUACCUCCCCUACCAGCCCACCCUCCGGCGGCGUGCGUUCUCCCCCCGGCCUGGCCAAGACCCCGCUCUCAGCACUGGGGCUGAAACCCCACAACCCAGCUGAGAUUCUGCUGCACCCAGUAGGAGAGCCCAGGAGCUAUGUGGAGUCAGUGGCCCGCACAGCUACGACAGGCAGAGGAGGGACCCUGCCUGCUGCCCAGUCUGGGGCCCCAGAGGUGCCCACCAGGAAUGGUACCUUCAACAACUCCUUCACCGCCUCGAGCCCUGUCUCCACCAGCAGCCCCAUUCACAGUGUGGACGGGGCCUCCCUCCGCAGCUACCCAUCGGAGGGCAGCCCCCACGGCACGGUUACGCCUCCCCAUGCCUCGACAGAGCCUGUUUACCGGUCACCUGUGGGCUCACAGGUGCCCUCUGCUCACAGCAGCUACCAAAACUCGUCUCCAUCUUCCUUUGCAAUGGUCCAAGGAGGGGUCCCGGGCUUGGCAUAUGCCAGCCCUGACUAUCCUGAUGUCCGAGCUGGCCUCCAGCCAGACCCCCAAGCUCGGCCACAGCCACAGGUCAAUGUGGUGGGGGUCCACGUCCUGCCAGGGAGUCCCCGCACCCUGCACCGGACAGUGGCUACCAACACACCACCCAGCCCUGGGUUUGGACGAAGAGCCAUCAACCCCAGCGUGAGCGGUGCUUCUGGCAGCCCCGGGCUGGGCAGACAUGCCAUGGCAACCCAUGGCAACCUGGUGGCCCCACCAGGGAGCCCCAGCCUGGCCAGGCAUCAAGUGGCGGCGGCCGUCACCCCUGGCAGCCCCCUGUAUGGCUACUCCGGCCCGGAGGAGCGGCACCAGACGCUGUCUCGGCAGAGCAGCUCCUCUGGCUACCAACCUCCCUCCACGCCGUCCUUCCCCGUCUCGCCAGCGUACUACCCUGGCAUGAGCACGCCGCACUCCUCCUCCCCGGACUCGGCUGCCUACCGCCAGGGCAGCCCUACACCGCAGCCUGCACUGCCUGAGAAGCGGCGGAUGUCGGCCGGGGACCGCUCCAACAGCCUGCCCAACUAUGCCACCAUCAACGGCAAGGUGUCCUCACCUCUCUCCAGUGGCAUGUCCAGCCCCAGCGGUGGGAGCACUGUCGCCUUCUCCCACACCCUGCCGGACUUCUCCAAGUUCUCCAUGCCAGACUUCAGCCCUGAGACUCGUGCCAACGUCAAGUUUGUGCAGGACACUUCCAAGUACUGGUACAAACCAGAUAUCUCCAGGGAGCAGGCCAUUGCACUGCUGAAGAACAGAGAGCCGGGGGCUUUCAUCAUCCGGGACAGCCACUCCUUCCGGGGAGCCUACGGCCUCGCCAUGAAAGUAGCUUCUCCGCCUCCCACAGUCAUGCAGCAGAACAAGAAAGGAGACAUGACCAACGAGCUGGUGAGGCAUUUCCUCAUUGAGACCAGCCCGCGGGGUGUGAAACUAAAAGGAUGCCCCAACGAGCCCAAUUUUGGCUGUCUCUCAGCUCUGGUGUACCAGCACUCCAUCAUGCCCUUGGCCCUGCCUUGCAAGCUGGUCAUUCCUGACCGAGAUCCCAUGGAGGACAAGGACACUGCAUCAGCCACCAACUCGGCCACAGACCUCCUCAAACAGGGUGCAGCCUGCAACGUCCUCUUCAUCAAUUCAGUGGAGAUGGAGUCACUGACGGGCCCCCAGGCCAUCGCAAAGGCUGUUGCAGAGACACUGGUGGCUGACCCCACGCCCACCGCUACCAUUGUCCACUUCAAAGUCUCUGCACAAGGCAUCACCUUAACCGACAACCAGAGGAAAUUGUUCUUCCGACGACACUACCCCCUCAACACUGUCACCUUCUGCGACCUGGACCCCCAGGAACGAAAGUGGACUAAAACUGAUGGCAGUGGCCCAGCCAAGCUCUUCGGCUUUGUGGCCAGGAAGCAAGGGAGCACCACAGACAACAUCUGCCACCUCUUUGCUGAGCUGGACCCAGACCAGCCAGCUGCAGCCAUUGUCAACUUUGUCUCCAGGGUCAUGCUUGGCUCCGGCCAGAAAAGAUGAGCUGGUGCUUGCGGGUAAUUCUUGAAUUUUGGAGAAGGACUUGGACCUGAUCCGAGAAGGAGUGUGAGGAAGUGCAUUGUGGGAGAGGGAAGUGAAUCGGGGAGGGGGAAGGGUUGGAAUUUUGGAGGAAAACGGCAAACAACACAAAAAACCCCAAUGAAACCCCUAAAGACUCAACACAAGC